UUAUACCGAUACGUUGGGUUCGGGUUAACCCAAGUAUAGAUAGACGAAUGGGCGGGUCACAGUCUCACGGGUCACCCCAUUGACCCGUUUUUCGCCCUUCAUGUAUAAAUUGACAGGAUACACAGAAACCCUAAUUCUUCACUCGAACGGGAGCCAGAGCAUUUUCUUGGUUCCGCUCUCUGUUCACCACCGCCGUUGAAGAUGAAGUUCAACAUCGCAAACCCUACUACAGGAUGCCAGAAGAAGCUAGAAAUUGACGAUGAUCAGAAACUUCGAGCAUUUUUUGAUAAGAGGAUCUCUCAAGAGGUCAGUGGAGAUGCUUUGGGCGAGGAGUUCAAGGGUUAUGUAUUUAAAAUAAUGGGAGGUUGUGACAAACAAGGUUUUCCAAUGAAGCAAGGAGUCCUUACUCAAGGACGUGUUCGUCUUUUGCUUACCCGAGGGACCCCUUGCUUCCGUGGGCAUGGUAGGCGAAAUGGAGAGCGUAGGAGGAAAUCGGUUCGUGGAUGCAUUGUUAGCCCGGACCUUUCAGUUCUGAACUUGGUUAUUGUGAAGAAGGGUGAGAAUGAUCUUCCUGGACUGACCGAUGUGGAGAAACCAAGGAUGAGAGGUCCAAAGAGGGCAUCAAAGAUCCGGAAGCUGUUUAACCUCUCCAAGGAGGAUGAUGUGCGGAAGUAUGUCAACACAUACCGUCGAACCUUCACAACAAAAUCUGGUAAAAAAUGCAGCAAAGCGCCCAAAAUUCAGAGGCUGGUGACCCCAUUGACGUUGCAGAGGAAACGGGCAAGAAUUGCAGAGAAGAAGAAGAGAAUCGCAAAGGCCAAGUCAGAGGCAGCAGAGUAUCAAAAGCUUCUUGCCAGCAGGUUGAAGGAGCAGCGUGAGCGUCGAAGUGAGAGCUUAGCAAAGAGGAGAUCGAAACUCUCUGCUGCCUCAAAGCCAUCUGUUACAGCUUAGGUCAUCGGCGUGCAGUUGUUACUAUGAGUUGAUCAUUUAUCACAGUUGUCUUUUGUGGGACUCCUUACCCAGAUAGAGGUUAUUUUGACCGUCCUUUUUAUUGAAGGGCUUGUUUUGCUUUCCGUCUUUUGCCUUGUAAUAGCUUGUGUUACGCUUCACUUUUUGAUCUGUGUUGUGCCAAUGUUGCUGGAGUUGUGGUCCUAUUUUUUUGGUUUAAGAUUAAUUUGCAUGUUCUUGAAGUUUUACAAA